AUGACAGAUGUGCCAUGUUUAACUUACAUGGCUUUAUACAUAUUAACUUUUCAUAUACUUCAAGUCAAUUCUCGCACUUCGACACACUGGAAAUUAAAUUCUGAAGAGGGUAAAAUUGUGGAAGGUAAAUCACAUUCGAAAGUUGUGACUUUACCUUCGUUGCCUACAACAGACGAUCCAGUGUUCAAUAUAAUUGUUUCAACCAUUCAUUAUGGUAAAAGUUGGACGAAAAGAAGUGUCGAAACAUUUAAUUCCGGUUGUCACUCGACCCAUUUCCCUGCUAGUGACAGAAAUUCUACAAAAUCACAAAAGAAAAAUUUAACACUAUCUAAUAAUGAUGAUCAAGAAGAAGUAUUAGAUUGUGGUAAAGCUGUUAAUUUUACAUAUUAUGACAAUUUAGUCGGAGUGAACAACAGGCACAAUCAUCCUCACGUACCUGAACCCCAGGUUGCUUUAAUAUUCAAAAAAAAAUCAAAGAAUUAUGAAAUAGAUGUGGAUGCAUUGGAAAGAAAAUUGAAAAAAGCAAAAAGAGAGAAACCAAAAUCAGUACAACUUUACAACCAAAUUGGUAAUUUUUGGAGGAUCAAAGGAGAUGCUCAAAAGUCUAUUGAAUGUUUUCGAAGAGCUCUUGCAGUUUCUCCUCACAAUGCAGAAGUUCUUCUUAAUUUAGCCAGGGUUUUAUUAAACUUACAAUACCUUGAUGAUGCUAUUUAUUUGACAAGGCGGUCUUUGGAAGUGCAACCUCCAGACAAAAAUGCCUGGCAACAGUAUUAUACUCUUGGGGAAAUAUUUAAAGCAUAUGGUCAUUAUCAGGAAGCUUCAAUUCAUUUAAGGCAUUCGUUGGAACUCAAACCUGAAUUUGAGCCUGCCAUUGCUGCACUCAAAGACAUGGAAACAAUACCUGAAACAACAUUACACAUUUACACAUUGCUAAUAAUAAUUUGUUUGGUCCUCGGCGUGCUUCUUGUGAUAUUGUCAUCAGUUGAUGGUAAUCUUGACUCUGAUUUUUCAGACAUGAAAACUCAAAGGCAUUUUAACAGAGCCAUGGCAAUGAGAUCUCUUAAAAUGGGAAUGUCACCCCGUACUUCCAGAUCGAAAAAAUACAGCGACAGAGGUGCCGGUUAA